AUGGACAUUGUAGCCAUCUAUGCAGUUGCCGCUGGCGGCAUUUUUGUUGCAUUCUUCUUUAUCCAGACUUUGUCCAGCGUUACAAUCUGGGCAGAUUUCUUUCGUAUCUUUGUAUCUCGACACUUGACGCUCCCUUUCGUCAUUCGAAGGCAUCAUCUCUGUGGCCCGUGGACUAGAGCCGGCGUGUUACUGCAUCUGACAUACAUGGCAGUCAACCUCUUACUUCUUUUCUUUAAAAUAAACUCUUUGGCCGGGGCUGGUCGCCGGGCUGGAGAGUUGGCUCUCGUCAACUUGGUGUUCCCUUUGUCCGCCAUCCAUUUAAGCUACCUGGCUGAUCUUCUAGGUAUCACAUGGAAGUCGUGUCGCAAGAUACAUCGUGCUACCGGCUGGAUGGCUGUUUCUCUGCUAUUGUUUCAUAUAAUCGUGGCGCUUCAGACACAGGACUUUACAUUCCCUCUUCGGGAAGUACGGAACCUCUUCACCCUACUUGCCGCAAUUUCACUGGGCCUGCUUGUCCUACUUUCUCUCCCAUCGGUUCGACGGUUGUGUUACGAGAUCUUCCUCCGAGCACAUCAGGUUCUCGCUGGGCACUUUGUCUAUGGCACUUGGCAACACCUCCCCUCCCACAGCCAUGCCUCACAAAUAUAUCUCUUGGUUGCUUUAGGUGUUUUUGGGCUGACCCUACUCUCACAGAGUAUAGUUUUCCUAUAUCGAAACGGCCUGUUCUCGGGGCGCGGCACUCCCAGGGCCGUCGUCUCAUUUAGCGUGAGCAAGGCCGAGGAAGAUAGUGUGGUGAACGCUGUCCAUGUCCGUGUCCUCUUACCUCGACCUGUGAGAGUGGAAGCCGGUCAAUAUAUCAAUCUCUGGAUGCCGUCGGUCAGUCUAUGUUCAUGGAUGCAGACACAUCCAUUCACCGUUAUAUUGUGGUCCAAAGGCAAGCAGGACACCAUGGAGCUCCUGGUGAAGCCACGCAGAGGCUUAACGGCGGAUCUUGCCCGUUAUGCACCCACUGACGAGCAGAGCGAGGGGAGCUCCAUUUCCUUUUUGGCCCUCAUCACUGGCCCUCAUGGGGUGAGUGAAGAAGUUGGUCACUACGAAAGUAUAUUAUUGCUUGCCAGCGGAUGUGGCGUCGCUGGGGCCAUACCGUAUCUGAAGAAAGCGAUCUACGGUUACAAUACUUGCACCUCUCAGAUUCGCCAGCUGCAUCUAGUGUGGCAGGUAGAAUCAAUCGACGAGAUGAGCGCAGCCCUAACCCUACUGAAUCGCCUUUUGAAGGAUGAUAUCGUGGAUGGCGGCUAUAUACUCCACAUCUCUAUUUACGUCAUGGACGGCCUUGGCCAUAAGAAGUUCCUAUUUGGGGACCACAAAUGAGUCUAUCUAUACGAGGGAUUACCAGAUUACCAAAGCAUAAUUUCUCUCGAAGCCAGCGGUAACCAGAUCGAAAGACUGCUGAACAUGUGGGACGAGCAAGGCCGGAUGCUGGUCAUGGUCUCGGCAAAGGACGAGCUUCGGGAUCGCAUACGGGGAGUAGUACGAGAAUACCUCCACGAGGGAGUACAACUUUCCGAGUUGGAGUACCAGCCCAGCGAUUGAGAAGUCGGUGAUAACGCGGGAAAUCAUGGUUGGAAAGCAUAGCGAAUUGAAAUCAUAACCAUAGAAAUUACGGAGACAUUCGGUAGAAGUGAAUAGAACGUCAUGGAAUCGUGAAAC